AUGGUUAAUGGAUUUAUUCAUAAAAGUGAGGGAGGAAUUUUAAUUUUACCUCAAAAAAGAUUUACUUUAAAUAAUUAUUUAUGGAAUCCUCGUUCUUGUUUUUUCCGUAUAUUAUUUACUUCAAUUAUUUGUUUUAUUUUUAUUAAAUUUAUAUUUUAUCAAUUUAAAGAACCUUUAUUCGUUUUUAAAACUAACAAAACAAUUAUUCCCUCAAAAAAUAAAUUUUUAAAUUUUACAAUAAAAUUCUCAAAUGUUCAAAAAGAUUAUUUGAUGGAAGAACCUUUUAUUGAACCUUGUAAAGGAAAACAAAUAAAAUUAUUAGUGUUAAUUAUGAGUAGAAGAGAAACUUUUUAUAAAAGAAUGGGAAUUAGAAAAAGUUGGGCAAAAGAUCUGCUUGAAGGAAUAAUUAUUCGCUUUGUCAUUGGUGGGCCAAAAUUAAAAGAAGAAAACAGUACAUUAUUAGAAAAUAAAUUACAAGAAGAACAAAAAAAUUUUGGAGAUUUAAUUCGUUAUAAUAUUGAAGAUGGUUAUAAUAAUUUACAUUUUAAAAUGGGUGCAGCCUAUCAAUGGCAACAAAAAUUUUGUUCGAAUGCAGAAUUUGUUAUGAAAACAGAUGACGAUACAAUCGUUGAUUUACCUAGAUUAGAAUUUUGGAUUGAGAAAAAAUUUAAUAACGACAUUGCUCAAAUACCAAAUAAAGCUGCUUUCUUUGGAAUGAGAUUGGAGCAUUUACCACCAAUUAGAAAUCCAGGCCAUAAAUGGUAUGUUUCUUUUGAGCAUUUUCCUGGCAAAACAUUCCCCAAUUAUAUGCAAGGAGCUAGCUAUUUUGGAAACGGAAAAGCAAUUAAAUUAAUUAUGCAACACACAAAAGAAGCUAUUGGAUUUAAUAUGGAUGAUAUUUUAUUUACUGGAACUUUGGCUGAAAUUGCUAAUGUUUCUAGAAUUGAUUAUGCUUGGACUCAUUUUAGAGGGGGAAAUAAUUUAAUUGAUGACGAACAUUGUGAAGGUGGAAUUCCAACAGUUCUUACUUAUUUUAAACAAUUCCAAAAUAAAGAAGAAUAUAUUGAAUCUUAUAAAGAAAUGCAUUCAUUGUCUUGCAGUUAA